CGUCCUGCAGAGCUUUUUUUUAGUCUUUGUUUGGACGAAAUUGUUGUACAAAAUAGGUCGAAAGAUCGAUUCAAAAGUAAACAAUGGCUGAUGAAGAAAACUACGAAUCAAGUGAGACUCAGGAUAAAGAAGAAUCAAGCACGCGCCACUCAAGACUUCAAUGGAAAUGCCUCGAUUUUGGCUGGAUUAUAUACACUUGGCCUGGUCGUUUUAAAUUGGCCGAAUUCCUGACAAGCCUUUUAGGAUUUAUAUGCAUUGCUUCCGUAAACGCUUUCGACGAAGAACCACGCUAUGAAUUUUUCGUAUUCGUUGGCAUUUUUAGCUGGAUCAUGGUUUGCAUACACAUAAUUCUAGGAAUUCCACAUCUCAUUGAAAAACUACCAGGAGUUGUGACACAACCAUUAGUGUUCCUAGCUUGCUGUGGCUUGGCUGUGCUAGCAUGGUUGAUUGCAUCCAGUAUCAUUAUGGCAAAAGAUAAAAACGACACAACAGUGCAGGCAGGAGCAGUCUUCGGAUACAUAACAAUGUUUCUGUUCUUUUUCGAAGCUUUGUAUUAUAUUAUUGUGUGGCGCAGGGGCCGUUCUGCGUCUCGGGAAAGGGAAAAUAAGGAGAUGGACAACCCAGCAGAAGCAGAUGACUACGUUCAACCUGAGGAUCCAGCAUACUAGUUAAACGUGUUACCAGACUAGUGAAACUUGUUUCCAUAUAAAAAACUAGAAUGAAUUUUUGACAAUGACCUUUUUUGAUAUCAUUACACCGUUAUGUACAAACAUACAUUUCAUAAUAGUCUAAAUUUAUGAAACUAAUUGCAGUGAUGAAGCAAUGCCAUGUAUUUGAUAUGUCAAGAUACAUGUCAAAAAUGUCAGUGAUAAUAAGUGUGUGAUUAUGUGUAACAUGUAUUGAAGCCAUUGCAGUUGAAUUUGCAAGUCUGUUAUUUUGUUGAUUACAACGUCUGAUUAUAUUAUCCUAUUGAUCAAGUGUAAAAUGCAUUAAAUACCAUAUUUAUAUUAAGUUGGUUUAGCUUAGUAUUUAUGACCAUAGUUGUCAGUAGAGAUUCAUAUUGAACUAUCAGUAGAAUCAUUUCAUGUCACAACUGAAAAUUAUAAAUUUUUAACUUGACCUGUUAGGCUUAGUUGUGGAUAAUAAAAUCAUUUUAUUA